AAAAUACAGUAAAUCAAUUAAUUAAGGGGUUUUACUUGUUACUUUGAUGGAUGAAGUACCAUUAGACUCGAUUGAGCAGUUUAACAAUGAUUUAAUGUAUUCUGGAUGGACAAUGCCUAUUUAUGAACAACAGCCGCAAUCGUUUUCUAUGUUUUUGCCUGGACAAGAAACGGAUAUUACUCAAACAGAGCUGGUUUAUCCUGUAUUUUCUAAGGCAGCGCAAACAAACACAAAGUAUAUACAGAUGCAUGGACUUUUGCCUAGUUAUGGUAGACAAUCUUUUUCAGGACUUGUUGGAUCAGCCUAUAUACCAUCAUCAACUAAUACACAAGCGAGUGGAUUGAUAAAUACAUUGCCGACAAUUAAUAUGCCCAUUAAUAAUGUAAUUAAUGGUCCAAUCAACACUCCAAUUAAUUCGAUAACAUCGUUUCAAUCAACGCCAUCGUCAGCCAUUGCAUCGUCGCAAAUGCCGACUCAGUCGUUAUCCGCUUCUUCUACACUAAUUCAGCCUCCAUUUUAUUCAACAACAGCUUGUUCGCCAUCAAUUUCGAUCCAGCAAAGUAUAUCAGGAACCCAAACAUUAUCUGGACGAGUGAAUGCUAAUGUACAAGCAAAAUCUAGCACUAUAGAUAACCUUAUGACAUCACUGAUAGAGUUUAUGAAUAAAAGAGGUAUAUCUAUUAAUGCGCAUCCAUAUAUUGGUGAUCAACAAAUCAACCUUGCUAUACUUUAUAUUCAAGUGAUGCGUUUAGGAGGUUCUCACAAGGUAACACAAGCAAAUGCAUGGGAGAGUAUUGCACAGGCAUUUGGAAUCAAUUUAGCUUUAAUACCAAAUGCUGGGCAACAGCUUGCAGAAUGCUAUAAAAAUUAUCUUGCAGCAUAUGAAGAAGCAUGGAUAUAUAACCAACAACUAUUAAUGCAACAGGUUAUUUCAAAUAAAUACAAACAUGGAAUGUCUCAAGAGAAAAACGAACAAAAAACUAGUUAUAAUAAAACAAACAAAACCUUACUUCAUUUUCAGACACAACAUGCUUUACCAUCAAAAUCUAUAUCACCGCCUAUAUUGCAAUCAAUGUCGCAGCCAGUAGCACAGCCAGUGUCACAACCAGUAUCGCAACCAAUGUCUCAGUCGGUGUCACAACCAAUAGCACAGUCAAUGUCACACUCAGUAGUACAGCCAGUGUCACAACCGGUAGCACAAUCAGUGUCACAACCGGUAUCACAAUUAAUGUCGCACCCAGUAGUGCAAUCAGUGUCACAACCAAUAGCACAGUCAAUGUCGCAACCGGUAUCACAAUUAAUAUCGCACCCAGUAUCACAAUCAAUGUCGCAGCCAGUAACACAGCCAGUCUCGCAACCAGUAUCACAAUUAAUGUCGCACCCAGUAGUGCAAUCAGUCUCACAACCAGUAUCACAAUUAAUGUCGCACUCAGUAGUACAGUCAGUGUCACAACCAGUAGCACAACCAGUGUCACAACCAAUAGCACAGUCAAUGUCACAAUCGGUAUCACAAUUAAUAUCGCACCCAGUAUCACAAUCAAUGUCGCAGCCAGUAACACAGCCAGUCUCGCAACCAGUAUCACAAUUAAUGUCGCACUCAGUAGUACAGCCAGUGUCACAACCAGUAGCACAACCAGUGUCACAACCAAUAGCACAAUCAGUUUCACAACCGGUAUCACAAUUAAUUUCGCACCCAGUAGUGCAAUCAGUGUCACAACCAGUAGUACAGUCAAUGUCACAACCAGUAGCACAGUCAGUGUCACAACCAGUAGUACAGUCAAUGUCGCAGCCAGUAGCACAGCCAGUGUCACAACCAGUAUCGCAAUCAAUGUCGCAGUCGGUGUCACAACCAGUAUCACAGUCAGUGUCACAACCAAUAUCGCAACCAAUGUCUCAGUCAGUGUCACAAUCAGCAUCUCUAGUAUCUCAAUCAAUACCACAAUCAGUAUCUAUACCCAUUUCAGAUAAUUCAGUUCCAUCUGAUUCUCAACCAACUAAUUCAUUAUCGCAGCCAGCAUUUACACAACAGUAUAAGCCAAAAAAACGAAUAGUUGAAACAUAUGGGGGAUUUGAUAUGGAAUUAAUAGCACGGAUGGGUAAUGAUCUGGAAAAUCUUAGAUACAAACCGCCUGCUUUACAUGAAUUGGGUACUAUUAAUAUAGAUGCUUUAAUAAAGAGUGUUCAAUCAAGAUUACAUUCAGAAGUUAAUCGAGCACUUGAUGUUCUUACUAUUAUUACAGGAGACAAAAGAUGGUGUUUACCAUUAUCGGAAUGUGAUGAAUUAUUGGACAGUAUUAUAGAAAUAGCAGAUGAAGAAUACCAAUUAUUGAUACCAGAUAUAAAAAAUGCAGAUGAAACAAUUUCAAUAUCAUCUUAUGAACAAAUGGUGGAUUUAUAUUAUGAUGAAAUAGAUGAUUUAACGAUUAAUUAUCGGCCAGGAAGCCAGGGUUAUGAAAAGUUUAGAUCAAUGGAGAAAAUUUUAUGUAUUACAACAAUUUUAAGAAAUUUGACUUUUUCAGAAGAAAAUCAAAAUGUUAUGGCAAAAAACAAUGCACUGCUCAUCCUAAUAGAACAUUUAAUUAUAUUAAUAUCGAAAACAAAUAUUUUCGAAAUAUCAUAUCGUCAACGACUAGAUUUAGCAAAAGAUUUAAUUAUUCUUCUUUCGAAUAUUUCUCAAUAUAUUCUUAUAGAUAAUAGUUCUACCGCAAUAGCAAUUAUUCGUUUAAUCACAGCAUUUUCCCCAGAUUCAAACAUUUGCUUAAAACCGGAUAAAGUCAUUUUUACACCAUACAAUCCAACACUACAUCCAUAUCUUCCAGCUGCAAUUGAUACACUAGCAAAACUUUUCGCAAGAAGUUUUCCAAACCGACACACUUUUGCCAAGAUCAUGAUUUUUUUAUCUUCAAAACAAUGCCUUAGAGAUAACAUUUUUAUUCGAACAUUUAUGCUUUGUAUAUCGCCGAUACCUGUUUCUACUUUAACUCAUUCAAUUCAUAUAUGUGAAGCACGACUCGCUUUACUUGAACAUUGCACACUUGCUGCAGAAACAAUUAUCAAUAUUUUUCCAAAAGAGGGUAAUCUCGCUCAAUCCAUAUUAUCAUCAGAUGAUAGUUUUCUUGGUAGCUUUUUAAGACUUGCUUGUUUACUUAGUUCUAUUGGAGGCGGUCAAUUAUCAAAUCAAAUCCAUAAUAUCGGAUCAAAUCCAUUUUCUCGUUUUGCUAGACGAACAAUGAACAUCUUAUAUAUUUUAAUUGAAAAAGCUAGAGAAGAAAAACCGUCUACCGACCCUUAUCACAUAUUUUCUAGAAUAUCAAGAAAAGAACAACUUUUAGGAAGUCUUCUUACACCGCAUAUGGAUGGUAUGAUUAUAAAAAAUUUAUGGUCUUUGGUAGAAGGUAACUGUGCAGAGGAAACACGACAAUUUCCUUUAGGUUAGUCUUUUUUGGUGCUAUAAAAUUAUAUGGAUAUAAACCAGAUUGUAU